UGUCCCUGUGGUGUCCCCAGGGUGUUCCCCAUCCCAUGAGUGUCCCCUGGUGUCCCCAUGGUGUCCCUGCACUGUUCCCUCAGAGGUGCCCUGGGUGACACCACGGUUGGCCUCCCGCACUCCAACGUCCCUGCGCAUCACCUGGCCCCAGCCUCUUGUUCCUCCUGAUGGCUACCGGGUGACACUUGUCCCCCUGGACGACCCUGUGGCCAUGACCACGCACGAACUGCCCAGCUCUGCUGUCGCCUUCUCAGUGACAGGGCUGUCCCCAGGCCGCCCCUUCGAGCUGCUGGUCCAAGCCCGGCGGGGGCCACAUCUGGGGGCACCUGGGGUCCUGCGUCUGCGCACAGCACUCAUCCCACCUGUUCCCCACUAUGAGGGGUCCCCGGGGUUGCCUCAGGGCUCCCUGGGAUCCCCAGCAGUGGCACCAUCAGCCCAAGGGCCCCCAGAGUCCCCAGGAUCCCCAGGGUCACUGGGGUCCCCAGGGUCACUGGUCUCACCCGUAUCACCACACUUGCCUUUGGGGUCACCAGCAUCCCCCAAGGUUCCAGCAUCCUCAGUAACUCGAGGGUCCCUGGGAUCCCCAGCACCCUCAAGAUCAUCAGUCUCACCAGAAUCACCAGAGUCACCAGCAUCACCAGAUUUCUCAGUGUCACCAGUGUCCCCAGACUUGCCAGGGUCCCCCGAGUCCCCAGUGUUUCCAGGGUCCACUCCACCCCCAUGGUCCCCAGUGUCCCCACUGCCCCCAGGCAUCCCCUCCCUGCAGGACUUGGUGGCCCGACUGUCCACGUACAGUGGAUCCCUGCUCCAGCGUCUCGAGAGCCACCUUAGGGCCACCAACUACCCCCUCCGUGGCAACCAGACAGUGCCAGGGGUGGCCCGUGCCAUCCUGGCCUACAUCCUGCGCCGACACUCAGCCCUUGGGAGAGGACAGGGACCCACAGGCGAGAAUGGAAACCAGGACCCGGUGCUGGAAUGGGGGGACAUGGAUGGAGUGAAGCUGACAGAGCCAUGGAGGGACAUGGGGAAAACAGCUGCAGAAGAGCCAGAGGAGUUGCCCCUGCCCUCAGAGGAGCAAAAAUAUCUGAAAGUUCACACUGAGAGCCCCCCAGUACUGCAGGCAGUACUGGGGGAGCUGAGGGUCUCCAGCAUUAGCCCCAGAUCUGUGGGGCUGCAGUGGACUGUCCCCAUGGGCUCCUUUGACUCCUUCACGCUGCAGUACCGGGAUGCCCAGGGUCAGCCCCAGGCCCUGCCCAUUGAUGGAGGAUCCCGAUCAGUGACAGUGCCAGGGCUGUCCCCAUCUCGCUGGUACCGCUUCCACCUCUAUGGGCUACGGGGCAAGAAGAAGAUUGACCACGUUUCCACCGAGGUCAUGACAGCUCCAGCAGAGCCAGAGGAGCUGCCCCUGCCUUCAGAGAAGCCCAAACACGAAAAACAUCAAACUGAGUCCCCUGAGGCACCCCUUAUGCGGGCAGUACUGGGGGAGCUGAGGGUGUCCAGUGUCAGCCCCGACUCCGUGCAGCUGCAGUGGAGUGUCCCCGAGGGCCCCUUUGACUCCUUCACUCUGCAGUACCGGGAUGCCCAGGGCCAGCCCCAGGCCCUGCCCAUUGAUGGAGGAUCCCGAUCAGUGACAGUGCCGGGGCUGUCCCCGUCCCAUCGGUACCGCUUCCACCUCUAUGGGCUGUUGGGCAGGAAGAAGAUUGACCACGUCUCCACCGAGGCUGUGACAGGCACAGAAGAGCCAGAGGAGUUGCCCCUGCCUUCAGAGGAGCAAAAACAUCCGAAAGUUCACACUGAGACCCCUCCAUCUGAUGCCCCACCGGUGCCAGCAGUGCUGGGGGAUCUGAGGGUCUCUAGUGUCACCCCCAGCUCUGUGGGGCUGAAGUGGAGUGUCCCUGAGGGCUCCUUUGACUCCUUCACGCUGCAGUACCGGGACGCCCAGGGCCUGCCCCAGGCCCUGCCCAUCGAUGGCGAGUCCCGAUCGGUGAUGGUGCCGGGGCUGUCCCCGUCCCGCCGGUACCGCUUCCACCUCUAUGGGCUGCGGGGCAGGAAGAAGAUUGACCGUGUCUCUAUUGACACUAUCACAGCUGGAGAAGAGCCAGAGGAACUGCCCCUGCACACAGAGGAACCGCAACAUGAGAAACCCCAAAAUGAGGCCACCACAUCUCAGGCUACUUCAGUGCAGGCGGUCCUGGAGGACCUGAGGGUCUCCAAUGUCACCCCACACUCCGUGCAGCUGCAGUGGAGCGUCCCUGAGGGCUCCUUCAACUCCUUCAUGCUACAGUACCGGGAUGCCCAUGGCCAGCCCCAGGCCCUGCCCAUUGGUGGUGUGUCUCGCUCGGUGACGGUGCCGGGACUGUCCCCAUCUCACCGGUAUCACUUCCACCUCUAUGGGCUGCAGGGAAGGAAAAAGAUUAACCAUGUUUCCACCGAGGUCAUGACAACCAGUGAAGAACUCAUGCCAUCAGAGGAGCCCGAGCAAGAGAAGCCCAAAACUGAGUCCCCUGUCUCUGAGGCACUCCCGGCACGAGCAGUGCUGGGGGAGCUGAAGGUCUCCAGUGUCACACCCAAGUCUGUGCAGCUGCAGUGGAGCGUCCCCAAGGGCUCCUUUGACUCCUUCAUACUGCAGUACCGGGAUGCCCAGGGCCAGCCCCAGGCCCUGCCCAUUGAUGGCGAGUCUCGCUCAGUGACAGUGCCCGGGCUGUCCCCAUCCCAUCGGUACCGCUUCCACCUCUAUGGGCUUAGGGGCAGGAAGAAGAUUGACCAUGUCUCCACUGAGGCUGUGACAGCUGCUGAAGAGCCAGAGGAACUGCAGCAUGAGAAACCCCAAACUGAGGUCCCCACAUCUGAGGCAACUCCAGCACAGGAUGUCCUGGAGGACCUGAGGGUCUCCAGUGUCACCCCAUAUUCCGUGCAGCUGCAGUGGAGCGUCCCCAAGGGAUCCUUCAACUCCUUCAUGCUGCAGUACCGGGAUGCCCACGACCAGCCCCAGGCCCUGCCCAUUGAUGGAGAGUUCCGUUCGGUGACAGUGCCCGGGCUGUCCCCAUCCCGUCGGUACCGCUUCCAUCUCUAUGGGCUGCGGGGAGGGAAAAGGAUUGCCCGUGUCUCUACUGACAUUGUCACAGCUAGUGAAGAACCUGUGCCUUUAGAGGAGCCACAACAGAAGAAACCCAAAACUGAGUCCCCUGUCUCUGAGGCACUCCCAGCACGAGCAAUGCUGGGGGAGCUGAACGUCUUCAGUGUCACACCCAAGUCCGUGCAGCUGCAGUGGAGUGUCCCUGAGGGCUCCUUUGACUCCUUCAUGCUGCAGUACCGGGAUGCCCAUGGCCAGCCCCAGGCCCUGCCAAUCGAUGGCAAGUCUCGCUCAGUGACAGUGCCCGGGCUGUCCCCAUCCCAUCGGUACCGCUUCCACCUCUAUGGGCUGUGGGGCAGGAAGAAGACUGACCAUGUCUCCACCGAGGCUGUGACAGCUGCAGAAAAGCCAGAGGAACUGCCCCUGCACACAGAGGAACCGCAGCAUGAGAAACCCCAAACUGAAGCUGCCACAUCUGAGGCUGCUCCACCACAGGAAAUCCUAGAGGGCCUGAGGGUCUCCAGUGUCACCCCAGACUCUGUGCAGCUGCAGUGGAGCGUCCUCAAGGGCUCCUUCGACUCCUUCAUGCUGCAGUACCGGGAUGCCCACGGCCAGCCCCAGGCCCUGCCCAUCGAUGGCACAUCUCGCUCGGUCAUGGUGUCAGGCUUGUCCCCAUUCCAUCGGUACCGCUUCCAUCUCUAUGGACUGCAGGGAGGCAAAAGGAUUGCCCGUGUCUCUACUGACACUGUCACAGCCAGUGAAGAACUCAUGCCGUCAGAGGAACCCGAGCCAGAGAAGCCCAAAACUGAGUCCCCUGUCUCUGAGACACUCCCAGCACGAGCAGUGCUGGGGGAGCUGAAGGUCUCCAGUGUCACACCCAAGUCCGUGCAGCUGCAGUGGAGCAUCCCUGAGGGCUCCUUUGACUCCUUCAUGCUGCAGUACCGGGAUACCCAUGGACAGCCCCAGGCACUGCCCAUCGAUGGCGAGUCUCGCUUGGUGACAGUGCUGGGGCUGUCCCCAUCCCAUCGGUACCACUUCCACCUCUAUGGGCUACAGGGCAGGAAGAAAACUGACCAUGUCUCCACUGGGGCUGUGACAGCUGCAGAAAAGCCAGAGGAACUGCCCCUGCCCACAGAGGAACCGCAGCAUGAGAAACCCCAAACUGAGGUCCCCACAUCUGAGGCCACUUCAGCGCAGGUGGUCCUAGAGGGUCUGAGGGUCUCCAGUGUCACCCCAAACUCCGUGCAGCUGCAGUGGAGCGUGCCCAAGGGCUCCUUCAACUCCUUCAUGCUGCAGUACCGGGAUGCCCACGGCCAGCCCCAGGCCCUGCCCAUCGAUGGCACAUCUCGCUCAGUCAUGGUGUCAGGCUUGUCCCCAUUCCAUCGGUACCGCUUCCAUCUCUAUGGGCUGCGGGGAGGGAAAAGGAUUGCCCGUGUCUCUACUGACACUGUCACAGCUAGUGAAGAACCUGUGCCCUCAGAGGAGCCUGAGCAGAAGAAGCCUAAAAUUGAUUCCCCUGUCUCUGAGGCACUCCCGGCACGAGCAAUGCUGGGGGAGCUGAAGAUCUCCAGUGUCACACCCAAGUCUGUGCAGCUGCAGUGGAGUGUCCCUGAGGGCUCCUUUGACUCCUUCACACUGCAGUACCGGGAUGCCCAGGGCCAGCCACAGGCCCUGGCCAUCAAUGGCGAGUCUCGCUUGGUGACAGUGCCGGGGUUGUCCCCAUCCCGCCGGUACCGCUUCCACCUCUAUGGGCUGCAGGGCAGGAAGAAGACUGACCAUGUCUCCACUGAGGUCACGACAGGUGAAGGGGAAGCCGACCCAGAGGAUCUGCCCUCACUCUUAAUGGAUCCCACAAAUGAGGUCUCCACAACUGAGGCCCCCACAGCUGAGGACCACAAACUUGAGCACCCCCAAACAGAGGCCCCCUUGGCACAGGCAAUGUUGAGAGAGCUGAAGGUCUCCAGUAUCACACCUGACUCUGUGGGGCUGCAGUGGACUAUCCCCAAGGACUCCUUUGACUCCUUCAUGCUGCAGUACCGGGAUGCCCAGGGCCAGCCCCAGGCCCUGCCCAUUGAUGGAGGAUCCCAAUCAGUGAUAGUGCCAGGGCUAUCCCCGUCCCGCCGGUAUCGCUUCCACCUCUAUGGGCUGCGGGGAGGGAAAAGGAUUGAACAUAUUUCCAUCGACGUUAUCACAGCAGCCACAGACAAGCCAGAGGAGCCACCCUCACCCUCAGAGGAGCCCCAAACUGAAGCCCCACCAACUGAGGACAAACAACCUGAGCACUCCCAAACUGAGGUCCCCCCAGUGCAGGCAGUGUUGGGAGAGCUGAAGGUCUCCAGUGUCACACCUAACUCUGUGCAGCUGCAGUGGAGUGUCCCUGAGGGCUCCUUUGACUCCUUCAUGCUGCAGUACCGUGAUGCCCGGGGCCAGCCACAGGCCCUGCCCAUAGACGGAGGAUCCCGAUUGGUGAUGGUGCCGGGGCUGUUCCCGUCCCACCGGUAUCGCUUCCACCUCUAUGGGCUGAGGGGAGGGAAAAGGACUGACCGUGUCUCCACUGACAUCAUCACAGAUGCAGCAGUGCCAGAGCAGCUGCCCCUACCCUCAGAGGAGCCCCAACCUGAAGAACACAAACCUCAGCAGCCACAAACUGAGCAGCCCCAAACUGAGGCUGACCAGGGACAGGUGGUGCUGGGGAAGUUGAGGGUCUCCAGUGUCACCCCAGGCUCUGUGCAGCUGCAGUGGACUGUCCCCAAGGGCUCCUUUGACUCCUUCACGCUGCAGUACCGGGAUGCCCAGGGCCAGCCCCAGGCCCUGGCUGUUGAUGGCGGGUCCCGCUCAGUGACAGUGCCAGGGCUGUCCCCAUCCCAUCGGUACCGCUUCCACCUCUAUGGGCUGCGGGACAGGAAAAGGAUUGACCGUGUCUCCACUGAUGUUGUCACAGCUGACCCAGAGGAUCUGCCCCCACCCUCAAUGGACACCCCAACUGAGGCCCCCGCAGUUGAGGUUCACCAAACUGCACAUCCCCAAGCAGAGACGUCUCCAUCUGAGGCCCCCAUGGCACGGGCAGUUUUGGGAGAGCUAAGGGUGUCCAGUAUCAGUCCCGACUCCGUGCAGUUGCGGUGGAGCAUCCUCGAGGGCUCCUUUGACUCGUUCACACUGCAGUACCGGGAUGCCCAGGGCCAGCCCCAGGCCCUGCCCAUUGAUGGCGAGUCUCGCUUGGUGACGGUGCUGGGGUUGUCCCCAUCCCGCCGGUACCGCUUCCACCUCUAUGGGCUGCGGGGAGGGAAAAGGAUUGACCGUGUCUCUGCUGACAUCAUCACAGCUGACCCAGAGGAUCUGUCCCCACCCUCAAUGGACACCCCAACUGAGGCCCCCACUGCUGAGGUUCACCAAACUGCACAUCCCCAAUCUGAGGCCUCUCCAUCUGAGUCCUCCUCAACACGGGCAGUGUUGGGAGAGCUGAGGGUGUCCAGUGUCAGUCCCGACUCCGUGCAGCUGCAGUGGAGCAUCCUCGAGGGCUCCUUUGACUCCUUCACGCUACAGUACCGGGAUGCCCAGGGUCAGCCCCAGGCCCUGCCCAUUGAUGGAGGAUCCCGAUCAGUGAUAGUGCCAGGGCUAUCCCUGUCCCGCCGGUACCGCUUCCACCUCUAUGGGCUGCGGGGAGGGAAAAGGAUUGACCGUGUCUCUGCUGACAUCAUCACAGCCACCGCCAAGACAGAGGAGCCCCAACUGGAGGACCCCAAAAGAAAAGCUCCCCCAUCUGAGGGCCCCCUGGCACAGGCAGUGCUGGGAGAGCUGAAGGUCUCCAGUGUCACUCCCAGCUCUGUAGGGCUGCAGUGGACUGUCCCCAAGGGCUCCUUUGACUCCUUCACGCUGCAGUACCGGGAUGCCCAGGGCCAGCCCCAGGCCCUGCCCACUGAUGGAGGAUCCCGAUCAGUGACAGUGCCGGGUCUGUCCCCGUCCCACCCGUACCACUUCCACCUCUAUGGGCUGCGGGGAGGGAAAAGGAUUGACCACGUCUCCACUGAGGCCACCACUGGUGCCCCAGGGACCCUCUGGGUGGGCUCUGUGUGGCCCCGCAGUGCCUGGCUGCACUGGGACUCCCCACAUGCCCCCCCUGAUGGCUAUGAGCUGGAGUAUGGCCCCCCUGGGGGGCCCCAGCAGACCCUGUGGCUGCCUCCUGAGGCUACGUCCCAGCAGCUCUGGGGGCUGGAGCCGGCAGAACACUAUGGGGUGCAGCUGUGGAGCCAAGGGAGAGACCCCCAAACUGCCCCCCUCGAGGCCACCUUUGACACUCCCCCCCUCCCGCACCCACAUCCCCGGGACUGCGCCGAGGAGCAGCUGAACGGGCCAGGCCCCUCGCGGGAGACCCUCAUCUUCCUCCGGGGGGACCCGGCCCGACCCCUCAGGGUCUUCUGUGACAUGGAGACAGACGGCGGCGGCUGGCUGGUGUUCCAGCGCCGCCAGGAUGGAGGCACCGAUUUUUGGCGGGGGUGGGAGUCGUAUGCCCGUGGCUUUGGCAACAUCAGUGGCGAAUUCUGGCUCGGCAACGAAGCGCUGCACGAGCUGACGGCUGCGACCCCCAUGGAGCUGCGCAUUGACCUGCGGACUGCCCGUGACUCCGCCUUUGCGAUCUACCGCGACUUCACUGUCGGCAGCGCCGAGGAGCGAUAUCGGCUCCGGGUGGGAGCGUUCAGCGGCACCGCCGGGGACGCCCUCUCCUACCACUCGGGCAGUCCCUUCUCCACACGGGACCGGGACUCCCGGGACCCUCGGGAUCGCCGAGACCCCUCAGGGCGCCCCCACCCGCCACCCUGCGCUGUGGCCUACGGGGGAGCCUGGUGGUACCGCAACUGCCACUACGCCAACCUGAACGGUCGCUAUGGGACCCCCCGAGACCACCAGGGCAUCCACUGGUUCCCCUGGAAAGGCUUCAACGUCUCCAUCCCCUUCACCGAGAUGAAGCUCCGGCCACAGCGUGGCUGAGGGGGCUGGGGGUGGUCCUCUGAGUGCUCGGGAUCCCAUAGUCUGGGGGAUCCUCGAGUGCUGGGGGAUCCCAGGUGGGACUUGAGGAGGCUCAAAGGUGAAACUUUUAUCAGUGGGUAAUAAAAGCUGAUGGUGACU